UAUAAGGAGAAGGAGAGGAAAUAACAAGCCAACAAACAAGACGGGCGUGCAGAAUAACAGGAAAACGUUGGUGUGUGAUGACUGAAUGGGGGAUAAUGUGAGGACAGACCGGCGUAUCGGGGUGCUUUUCUUUGUCGCUGUUGCGGCUGCGAUCCUGGAGCAUCCGUCCCUCCAUCGGAGGAUGCAGCAUCUCUCAGCCUCAGCUCUCUGUGCGGGCAGUCUCCUCAUCUCUGUGGGAUAUUCUGACGUGUAACGGCUGGAGGAAGAUGUGGGCUAAGGCUUUCGGAGAGCAGGAGGGUUAACUGGGUGUCUCGGAGGUUUCCCAUCAGCAUCUGCACGGAUUUUUCUGCGCGUAUUUCUCCUCAGUGUCGGACGCAAGGGAGGCAGAGAGACAGACUCGGCAUCCUCCUCAGUGUUUAAAGCUCUUGUGAGAAGUUCUCAGCCGGCUAUGAAGCAUAUUGAUCUGAAUACUCAUGCUUCUGUGAGAGCUACAAAGGAAAGGAGAUGAUCGACGAGAGGACUGAUUGUUUCUACACUGCGUUUAUUUCUGCCUCUUAAUGCUGCCAGGGGGUCGGAAUCAGAGCAGCCAAUUAACAGCAUCCUGCCAAAAGCAGCCUGGAUGUUCCAUAUGCUGAGACAAGGAUUCAUGCUAUCCACAAAUCGCUGUCAGAGGGAGCCCUGAACCGGUGACACACACCUUCCUGCUUCUCCUGAGGCUGCCCCCUCCUCCCUCCAGUCCCCCCACCACCAGGAGCCCGCACACCGGCAACUUUUUAAUGGCGUUUGUGUUCAGAAGAUGGAGGGUCUUAUUGGUGCUGAAUGUGAUUGCGGUUGCUGGGUUCAUGACUUUCUGGUCCAGAUGCAACACACGCAGUGUCCAAGCCUCCAGUCCCAAAGUUCCAGCUGAUGGGAGGAGGUCCCGAGGCAAUGGGACCGCGCAGGGGCCCAACAUCAGCCAUGAGGUGCUGCUGAAGAGGCUCAGCUCACUGGAGGAUGUGGUGUACAGGCAGCUAAACGGUCUGUCCAAAUCUCUGGGCCUUAUCGAGGGCUUUGGGGGUCGAGGUAAAGGAGGCCUUCCUGCCACACUAUCUCCAGCUGAGGAGAACGACGCCAAGUACCUGAGGGAGAAGUAUGGCUACAAUGCCUACCUCAGCGACAGAGUCUCUCUGGAUCGCACCAUACCGGACCACCGGCCCAGCAAAUGCAGAAAGGUCAGCUACCCAAGAGACCUCCCCCAGAUUUCCCUCAUCUUCAUCUUCGUGAACGAGGCUCUGUCCGUGAUCCUGCGCUCCGUCCACUCAGCUGUCAAUCACACGCCCGCUCACUUGCUCAAGGAAAUCAUCCUGGUGGACGACAACAGCGAUGAUGAGCAGCUGAAGGGACCACUGGAGGAGUACGUGAACAAACGUUACCCUGGCCUGGUGAAAAUCGUCAGAAACCAGAAGAGAGAGGGACUCAUCCGAGCUCGCAUCGAAGGCUGGAAGGUCGCUACUGCAGAAGUGACGGGGUUUUUUGAUGCUCACGUGGAGUUUACCCCAUCCUGGGCCGAACCGGUUCUGCUCCGGAUAAAAGAGGACCACAAGAGGAUUAUUCUGCCCUCCAUCGACAACAUCAAACACGACACCUUUGAGGUGGAGCGCUAUGAGAACUCAGGCCACGGGUACAACUGGGAGCUGUGGUGUAUGUACAUCAACCCGCCCAAGCAAUGGUGGGAGGAUGGGGACGUGUCGGCUCCCAUCAGGACUCCGGCCAUGAUCGGCUGCUCCUUUGUCGCCAAUCGUGACUACUUUGGGGAACUGGGCCUGCUGGACUCAGGCAUGGACGUCUACGGAGGGGAGAACAUCGAACUGGGCAUCAGGGUGUGGCUAUGUGGAGGCAGUAUGGAGGUGCUACCUUGUUCCAGGGUGGCUCACAUCGCUCGGAUGAAGAAACCCUACCACAGCAACAUUGUGUUCCACACGAGGCGUAACGCCCUGCGAGUGGCAGAAGUCUGGAUGGACGACUACAAGUCCAACGUUUACCUCGCCUGGAACAUCCCCAUGGAGAAUCAUGGUAUUGAUUAUGGAGACAUCUCUCAGAGGGUUGCACUGAGGAAGAGGCUCCAGUGUAAAAGCUUUGAGUGGUACCUCGACAACGUCUACCCAGAGAUGAGGAGGUACAACAACACGUUGUUUUACGGAGAGAUCCGUAACUCCAAAAUAAGCCACCUGUGUAUGGAUCAAGGUAUGAAGGAGAACCACACAGCCAUCCUGCACCCCUGCCACGGAUGGGGCCCUCAGUUGGGACGUUACACCAAAGAGGGUCAGCUCUUCCUGGGCCCUCUGGGCAGCACCAGGGAGGACACUCGCUGUGUGGUGGACGAUCAGAUAAGCAGCUACCCUCAGCUCCUCGACUGUGACAAGGUGACCAAUGUGAAGCAGAAGACAUGGCAUUUCAAUCAGAAUGAAUCAAUCAUAAAUCAAGCCACAGGACGCUGCAUAGAAGUGGUGCCAGCCAACGUUAUUUUCGACCACCAGCUGGUGCUGCAACCCUGCUCUGGGCAGAGGUGGACCAUCAAGAACACCAUGAAGCAAUAGUUGACUGGCCAAUUUCACAGGGACGAGUGAUACCAGAGGCCGGUUUGUGGUGUCACGCCUGACGCCAGCUUGGCCGAGGAGCCUCUGCAUACGAGGCAGAGGCUACACGAUGGGACAGAGGUGGUUCAAAGAUCAGUUAACUGAUCAGUGAACAAGUUCUCUGGAUAACGGCUCAUUUUUACAAACGGUACUUUUAACAUGAUGAGAGUUUAAGCAUGAGGACCAUUUCUCUUUGGACAAACUGCUGAUGUGAUGAUGCCAUGAUUACUGUACGUGCCACUUCUCUGACAUGUUUUAGGUUUAAGGAUGGACAUUUAAAAAGCCAAAACUUUGUUGUAUCUUCUGUGGGGAAAAUCAAGGCUUUUCUCUUCAUCUUUAAAAUGUUUCAGUAAGACUUCAUUGUUAAUCAGGUCACAUCAUUGAAGGGAGAAUAAAAAUGCCUGGGAUUACAUUUUUCAGAGACUCUGAGGGGAAACAUUUUUAGUUUCUAUUUAAGCUUCAUCAGUGGCUCAUUUUAGUUUAAAAUGUCAGAGAAAUGAAGGACUGUCUACAAACCCUAACUCCAAAAAAGCUGGGACAUUGUAUGAAAUGCAGUGAUCUUCAAAUGUUUUUAACCUUUAUUGAACUGAAUACAGCAGAAAAACAGGAGAUCUGAUUUUCAAACUGAUGAGUUUUAUGCCUUUUGGAAAUGUACACACAUUCUGAUUUUGAUGCCUUCAACUUGUCUCAAAAAGUUGGGACAGGAGCAUAUUUAUAUCACCAUUUCUUCUAACAACACUUUGUAAGCAUCUGGACUGAAGACACUAAAUGUAUGUUAAGUAUUGAAAGUGAAAACCAUUUUCAUUCCUGCUUGAUGUUACUGUUGUUGUAUUUAGUGCUUCAUAAUGCCCCGUAUAUUUUUAAUGGUAGACAUGCAGGCCAGUCUAGUGCCUGCCCUCUUUAACUGUGAAGCCAUGCUGUUGUAACUUUUACAGACAGUGGCAUAACAUCGUCUAGCUCAGGGGUGUCCAAACUUUUUUCAACGAGGGCCACAUUUAGAGCCACUUUGUUAAAUGCCAACUUAAGAGUGUUAAAAUGAGUGAAAUAAAUCUGAUGUACCAGUAGUUUGAGAUGCUCUUAGUAAGUUGAUAUGCUUGAAGAAAAAUUACAGCGACAUCAAUGGCUGAUAAAAGAAAUAGCUAGCCAUUGUCCAGGAUUUUGGGCCAGCUGAUCAGGUUUAAGGGGGAUUCUGGUGAGCCCAUUCAGCUGGAUCCAUCUCAGGUCAAGAUGAAAAUGAGCAAAUGGCAUGAAGCUGUCGGACUUUAUCAUAGCAGUGGUGCUUUAGCAUUAUAUCCUUUGUAAAUCAGUCCUUGAGAUGGAGUAGAUAGACAAACAAAGGCAUGCUGUUAUUUGCUGUCAUUAUCCUGUUGGUUUAAAUUAUCAAUAUGAUUUCCAGCUAUUCUACAAGCUCAGCUUAGUCAGGGAAAAAUUAUGAAUUCUUGUUGUCAAAAUGUUUGUUUACAAAAUCAACACAGCAGCGCCAUCUAGGGCCAAUAAAAAAUGCUUCAUUUGGCCUCAAGGUAAUAGUUUGGACAUCCCUGGUCUAGCUGAAAUAGCAGGGACGUCCCUGAAAAUGACAUCAUCUGACAUUAAAACCUGUAUGUACUUCUCAGUAUUAAUACUGCCUUUACAGAUGUGCAAGUGACCCAUACCAUAGGCACUGAUACACCCACAGAUCACAGAUUCUUCCUUUUGAACUUUGACAAUUUCCUAAAACAAUUUGAGUAGUAAACAUUUCCUCUUUAGGUCAGUCCAGCUCUGAUGAGCUUACACUCAGACAGGUCAGCAGCACUACUGGAUGUUGUUGAUUACUGUCUUUCCCCUGCAUGGCAGAGUCAUAACUUACAACUGUAGAUGCAGCCAUGUGCUGUGUUAUCGCUCAGUGGUUCUCCAGAGUGUUCCUGUGCCCACAUUUCAAUAUCCAUCAAAGAAUGGUGCAUUGCCUCCAGAGGGGUUGAAGGUCAUUGGCACUGAACUUUGGUGUCUGCCUUGCCCUAAUGUGCAGAGAUGUAUCGAGAUCUUUGAAUCUUUUGAUGGUGUUAUGGACUAUAGGUGGUCAAAUCUCUACAUUUCUUGCAGUUACACACUGAGGGAACAUUAGUCAUGAACUGCUGACUACUUGCCCAUGCAGUCUUUAACAAACUGGAGAACGUUGCACCAUUUCAGAUUGUGAUUGGCUGAUCCUUUUCAGGAGUGCUCCUUUGAUAUCAAGCCUCGGUGCUAUCACCUGUUAUCAUUUAACCUUCAGAUCUAUGGGAUGUUACAGAUGUUUUUCAGCAUUCUACAUUUUCUUUCAGAGCUCCUGUCCCAAUUUUUUUGAGACAUGUUGUAUGCAUUAAACUCAGAAUGUUUGUAUAUUUCCACAAAAUAAUAAAAUGUAUAAAUUUGAACCCUAAAUAACAUGAUAUUGUGCCGUAUUCAGUUGAAUAUAGAUUGAAAAAUGUAAAAAUCACUGUAUUCUGAUUUUAUUCACAUUUUUCCACAAUGUCCCAACUUUAAUGGAACAGAGGUUUGUUCUUUUUAUAGGCAACACUUUAGUGAAGUAAAAGUGUAUGCCCCAAACUGUUUUUACAUGAGUCUGACAGAGUCACACACCCUGUAAAUACUUUUAAUUUGAAGAAAAAGGCAUUAAUGGUGAAUAAUACUUGGUGUGUUAAACCUCUUUUUUUUGCAAUAAUAGUUAAAUCAUGUCAGAAAUCAAACUGUUGAGGGCUAUGGGACUAAAUCCUGGGUUUGUAUGUGGUGGACUCAUUUGUCUCUUUAACAGUUAUUUUUUUUACUCCCAGCAUUUGGUUCUGCUGGAUGCUGUCCAUCUUGUAGCAUGAUUGUAAGUACUGUAUGCAAAUGGGGACAAAGUCAAGGUGAGCGGAGCUGAUCGAGUGCCAUAACUACUGCAGACAGGCUGCUGUCUGAAGCACUUUUUCUACAGUGAGGUAAAAACACAAACUCUGGGAAGAGGAGGGAAUCAGGAAGGUAAAAAAAAUGCACAAGUGUUUGGAUUGUGG